AUGUCCCAGGAGAAUGUUAUAUGGAGGAAAGAGGCAAUGGGGGAUGAGUUCACUGCCAUGAGGCUGCAGAAGCUGGAACAGCAGCGGCUGCUCUUUGAAAAGAGGCAGCGACGGAAGCGCCAAGAGCCCCUCAUGGUUCUAGCCAAUCCCGACGCUUCUCUGCGGCCCCGGCGAUGGUGGAGGCGGGAGGAGCGCCUCGCAGGUGACAGCAGCCUUGGGAAUCCUUUGCUCCAGGAGAGUGUGCCAGAGGCACAUCUGAGCUCUGGUGCCCACAAUGCCCUGGGCAUCGUGAGCUGCAGUGGAGAUGGCAGCGGUGAGCGUGGCCCACUGGCGUCACCGACAGAAGCAGACAGUUCCGUUCCAGAGUUGGAAGAAGUCCCAGUGGAGGAUGUUCCCACUUUUCCACCUCCUUAUAAAGAGCCUCCAAAGACUCGACGCAGGGGUUGGCCAGCCCACCAACAACCUGGGGCCAGUGCGGAGGAAGAGAGUGAAUCCCAGGAUGUUGGAGAUGAAUAUGAGUCACCCAGUCCAGGACCAGACCCUGGAAUGGAUGGUGAUGACCUAGGACGUGAAGACUUGGCUUCCAACAAGGGCGAAGACCUGAAAGAGAAGAAACAGAAGUCGGAGUCUCCCGUGAGGAAGUCCCCAGCGGCGGCCGAAGCGGCGGUGUCCGAGGCCCCGGGAGGCGAGGUCGGCGCAGGCAGCAGCGAUGUGGGGCUCUCGCCCCAAUCGCCCCUCCGCGCGCCGGGCCCUCGGCUGGGACAGGACACCGAGGCGUAUGUGCUGCGGCCGGCUCUGCCCGGCCUCACGGUGCAGUGCCGCAUCAGCCGCGACAAGCGCGGCGUAGACAAGGGCAUGUUCCCUUUCUACUAUCUCUACCUGGAGGCGGCCGACGGCCUGAAGCACUUCCUUCUGGCUGGCAAGAGAAAAAAAAGCAAAACCUCCAAUUACCUCAUCUCUCUGGACCCCACAGACCUAUCUCGGGAUGGGAACAACUUUGUGGGCAAAGUCAGAUCUAAUGUCUUGGGUACUAAGUUCACCAUCUUUGACAAUGGGGUGAAUCCUGAAAGGAAGAAUUUCGUCCCGGAGACCGCUCGCAUCAGAGAGGAGCUGGGGGCUGUGUGUUAUGAGACCAACAUCUUGGGAUUCCGAGGACCACAGAAAAUGAAUGUGAUCAUUCCAGAAAUCGAUGCCCAGAACCAGAGAAUCAGUGUCCAGCCACAAAACGGGCUGGAGUCACUACUGAGUCGUUUCCAACGGGGGGCCACCCAGAGGCUCAUCCUGCUGCAAAACAAAACCCCCUUGUGGAGCCAGGAGAACGGCACCUACGCACUCAAUUUUCACGGUCGAGUCACUCAGGCCUCAGUCAAGAACUUCCAGAUCGUGUAUCCGGAUGGCCUGGACUACCUCGUGCUCCAGUUCCGCCGCGUGGCCCCGGACACAUUCACCAUGGACUUCCGCUUCCCGCUUUGCCCACUCCAAGCCUUUGCCAUCUGCUUGUCCACUUUCGAUGGAAAGCUGGCCUGUGCGUAAUCCAGUGAAAUGCUGUA